AUGAAGUACAACGUUAGCAUCGAUAUGGUAUCGAGUUUGGUCAUCGGCUUCCUCGCCUUUUGGAUUGGUUUCACCACGUUCUUCACGGCUGCUGGAGCGAACAUCUGGGGCAAGCGACCCUUCUUCAUCAUUUCCACCGUGAUCCUUCUUGCAACGAACGUGUGGGGAUUCUUCACUAGAUCUUUCGUCUCUCUCGCUGUCAUGCGAGUCGUUCAGGGUAUUGCAUCAGCACCUCUCGAGACACUCGUCACCUCCACAGUAUCCGACAUUCAGACAAUCGCUGGUGCUAUCAUCCAGAACAUCUCUUUCGAGGCAACGUUUGGUAUCUCCGCACUGAUCUUCAUCCCAAUUCUCCUCGGCAUGUACUUUUUCGUCGUCGAAACCACCUACUAUGGCGCCCGACCUACUACGGACAAGCUUGCCGUCAAUGAGAAGCACAAGUCCGUUUCCUCCGUUUUCGAGCUCGAAGAGGAGAGGGAGCCAUACCGCAGCCAGCUGGCGCUCUUCCGUGGCCGCUUAUCACAGGAGUCAUUCUGGAAGAACGCUUGGAAGCCUGUGCCUCUCAUCGCAUUCCCCGCAGUACUGUUCAGCACCAUCGUGUACGGGUCUUACUUUACUUGGCUGCUCACCAUCUCCGUCCUCUCAGUCAAUAUCUUCUCCGCGCCACCGUACUCGCUGAACCCGGCACAAGUCGGUCUUACCAAUUUACCUCUCCUCGUUGUCGCACUUAUCGGCUCGCCCCUCUCCGGCUGGACAGCCGAUGCUCUCGCAAAAUUCAUGGCCCGCCGCAAUAAGGGUGUCUUCGAACCUGAAUUCCGCUUGACUCUCAUGGUACCUGCCGUCAUUUUCGCGACGAUUGGCUUCCUCGGCUUUGGUAUGAGUACUUCAGCUGGCUACCCCCUUGUUUGGCCAUUGGUCUUCAUGUCCAUUCACUCCCUCUCCGUACCGUUCGCGUCGACAGCCAGUCUGACCUACGUAAUUGACUGCCACCCCAAAGAUGCGAACCAGGCUUUCGUUACCAUCAACUUCACAAAGGCGGUGUUUACCUUCAUUGCGACAACCUACGCGAACGGCAUCAUGGCCAACAUCGGACCACGCGCGGUGUUCGACGGAAUCACGGUCAUCAACCUGGGAAUCUGUGCGCUUACUAUUCCGGCGUAUGUGUUUGGCAAGAGGUUCAGGAGUUUGGUGGCGCGGAGCUCAUUUGGCAAGAAGAUCUCUGGCUGA